CGGGCACGGGCGGAAGCGCAGCCCGGGCUGGGCCGGCACUGCCACACGCCGCCCGCCGCCGCCACCGGGGCCGUCGCCGCCGCCGCCAGCGGGGCCGCCUCCCCGUGCGCCGCUCGCAACAUGGCGCUGGUGCCGUGCCAGGUGCUGCGCGCCGCCAUCCUGCUGUCCUACUGCUCCAUCCUCUGCAACUACAAGGCCAUCGACAUGCCCGCCCACCAGACCUACGGGGGCAGCUGGAAAUUCCUGACCUUCAUAGACCUGGUUAUCCAGGCUGUCUUCUUUGGGAUCUGCGUGUUGACCGACCUUUCCAGUCUUCUCACUAAAGGAAAUGACAGUCAAGAACAAGAAAGGCAGCUGAAAAAACUCAUUUCCCUCCGCGACUGGAUGAUGGCUGUUCUGGCUUUCCCCAUCGGAGUGUUUGUUGUGACGAUGUUUUGGAGCAUCUAUAUCUAUGACAGGGAACUGGUUUACCCAAAGCUGCUCGAUAAUUUUAUACCAGCAUGGCUAAAUCAUGGAAUGGCCUGCUCACAGGUUUUAAUGCUACCCCAGGUGUUGCAGUGGUUAAGUUACUGGCUGCCUCCCAGGCUUCGACAGGGACAGUCCAACAUGGGGAUCUGUGUCCCUGCUCUCCGGAGAGACCAGCAUCAGCUCUCGUUUCUUUCAGACUUCCCUCAGUUAUUAGAAAGGAGACUGCUCCUUUCUUGCGCUCCUUCCAAAUAUGCCUUUCUAUGGAGGUCUGCAAAUCCCAGCAGAUCCCAGGAUUACAUUUUCCAGGAUUCCUUCUCGAUGAGGUCGGGCGGAGCCGUGCCCUGCCCUCCCCGCGGUCCCGCUCCCAGGCUCUGCGCACUCAGCAGCCUGGGCUCCUGCCCAAGCCGCAGCCUGCCACCCCGCGCUGCUUCCUCUCUCCUUCAUCCCACGGGUCUGCUGCAGUGAGGACUACCUAUGGAAAGGGAUUUUCUGGCCUCCGAUACAUCCCUGUUCUGUCUCAAAAUGCCAGCAUACACUUGCACAGCCUACUCACUGGGAUAAGGAAGACCGACUCUCUGCUUCCCUCUAGAAGGAGGAUCAGAAAUGCCAGAGGUUUCUAUCUUAUUUUCGGCAAUGCAGUCAGGGAGGAUGGAGCUGGAAUAUGAUGAGUUUUCAUAGCUUUUUUUUUUUUCUGUUUUCCUCUUAACCAAAAAUUUCCUGGUUAGUUAAAAUCUCACCAGAAGCACCAAAACUGGAAUGCUAUUUGCAUGCGUUUCUUUGUGUUGCUUUUGAAUUGCAGUAUGAACUGUGGCCUGACAGAUGUUUGUUACUUCUAUACAUUCAUGUUUUGUUUUGUUUUUUUUUUUAAUAUUAUUUGAAAGUUUCUGGUCUGACCUUGUAAACUUCAGGACCUUUCAGAAACAAUGAUUCAAGCCUUUCCUUUCCAAAAUGUCUGUGUACUCAUAGCCAUCGGGAUUAUGUUUAGUUUAUGAGUAAAUUAUAUUUGAGAAAACAUAUCGUAAUGCAUUUUAAAGAGAAAAUUAAAUAUAGUAUAUGGUGUCAUAUGAGCUACUAAAUGUCUUCUUUAAUAGAACUCGGUGAUUCCUGGAAAUACGACUGGCAAAUGUGUUUGUACAUGAGAACGUGGGCCUCUGGCAGACAAGAACAUUGGCUAUUUGGGCCUCUGCUUCCAUAUAGCAUGAGUCAAGCGAAACUUGGCACUAGCUGUAAUGUUUAGUCUUUAAACAUUUUUUAUAAGCCUCCCUUUCUCUCAGUGAGAUUAGAUCAGCCAGUGAGAUGAUAUUCUCAUCAGCAUGGACUUGUGUUUGUUGUUGCAGUGGUGUGUGGAAGAUAAUUUUGGAAACGAUUGUAAUUUAUACUCUGAAAGGAAAAAUUUGAUUAAGAAUUUGUCAAGUUUGCCUCCAUAGACUUGUAGUUCAUCACAGUUCUCAAAAUGAAGGCUAGAGACUAGCCAUACAUGUACAUUUUUUUAAAAAUCCACCCCACUGUUCAGUUCAGUUUGGUUUCUCUUCCCUCCCAAAUGCAAUCUUCUGACAUCUUAGAUGAAAAUGAAAGGUGUUGCCACAGCUCAAAUCACAACAAUCCUGUCCUUCCAGAUUUCUAGGGAGAAGGAGUCCUGACUAGGUGUCUGAAUGGAAGGUCAGAUGACAAUGUGAAAAAGAUAAUUAUAAAUUAAAUGUGAAGAAAUACUUAGUUUACACGUGUUGGAGCUGCAAGCAAGGUGCUGCAUGGAGCCUCUGAAAGGUUCAACAAUCAUGCCCCAAGGAAGCAAUGGAGAUGGUAGGCUCUCCUGAAGUCCUCCUGCAUCUUUUCUGCGCCAUUGGCUAGAAAGACUUGUGCUGUGGUUUAUAUUGCCAGAAUUACAGUGAUUUACACAGGCUGCCCACCGGGAUGUGUGUGGUGUGAAAUUGCAGUUGUGCUGUGAGAUAAAUCUCUACUUUUGUAUACAUUAUCCUUGAGGAUAACCAUACAACUGUCUUCAUGGAGCUUGUACAAGAAGAAUCUUCCCCAGCUGCUUCUAGCUUUUCACUGUUUUAUUCCUUUUCCCAUGGCAU